UCAGUAAGUCAGUGCCUUUGACUCUCUGGCUUCUGAUUCACUUGGAUGGGGAAAUAACCUCCGUCACCCACCCCGCCCCCGAAAAAAAAGUGCAGCUGAGAACUUCAGAUAUAGGUAAUGGGUCCUUACCAGACCAAAAAAUAGACUUUUAGGAGCUUUACUAGCAGUCUGUGUGGGUUUCUUCUCUUUCUUCUUCUUUUUCCUUCUUCCUUUGGCAACAAACUACAUACUGGGAUUUGACGUUAUUUUUUUAAAAGCAUGUUUAAACUCUCACACACUUUAUGUAAUUGAGGGUUGCAGUGUAGGAUUUUUCUGCAAGAUACCACUUGAUCCUACUAAGAAUUUUCUACUUAAAUGUUGGAGCACUUGACUGAAAAAUCCUUCUUGUCCUUUUUAAAGAUCAGUAGGCCAUUGGACUAUGUGAGCGGAAAAUGUAUAGAAUUUUUUUCAUUCACUGGAAGAGUUAUUUUGCCAAAACAAUAAAUCAAAUACACAACUAUCAUAACAGGAUAGCUCAUAAAGAAUAUCAUAAUUACAUUUGGGAGAUACUUGGACAGAGUGUACUCAAAUUCCUGGAAUUUACCUCAGAAGCUAUUUUACAAAUGAUUAGAAGAAUUGAUUUUUUCUGAGAAUCAUAGUCUGUGAAAUCCAUAUCUUGGUGUUUAUUCCUAAAGAAGUGAUAGAACCAGACCUCUUAGAAGCCAGUUUAAUCAGACCUGAGCAUUUGAAAGAAGCACGUGCUGAACCUUAAUUUGUCCCCUGAACAAGCAAAAUGGGCUGUAAUCGAAACCGUGGGCUCAUUGCUGGGGCUGUCAUUGGUGCAGUCCUGGCUGUGUUUGGAGGUAUCCUGAUGCCAGUUGGAGACAUGCUUAUUGAGAAGACAAUUAAAAAGGAAGCUGUCCUUGAAGAAGGUACAAUUGCUUUUAAGAAUUGGGUUAAAACAGGCACUGAAGUUUACAGACAGUUUUGGAUCUUUGAAGUGCAAAAUCCAGAAGAAGUGGUAGUUAACAGCAGCAACAUUAAGGUUAAGCAAAGAGGUCCUUACACAUACAGAGUUCGUUAUCUAGCCAAGGAUAAUAUAACUCAGGACCCUGAAAGCCACACAGUCUCAUUUGUACAACCCAAUGGGGCCAUCUUUGAACCUUCACUAUCAGCUGGAACAGAGAAUGACACUUUCACAGUUCUCAAUCUGGCUGUUGCAGCCCUACCCCACCUCUAUCCAAAUGCAUUUGUUCAGGUAGUACUCAAUUCAAUUAUUAAAAAGUCAAAAUCUUCUAUGUUUCAAACCAGAACUGUGAAAGAAUUCUUGUGGGGCUACAAGGAUCCAUUCUUGAGUUUGGUUCCAUAUCCUGUUCCCACUACAGUAGGUGUAUUUUUUCCUUACAACAAUACUGUAGAUGGAGUUUAUAAAGUUUUUAAUGGAAAAGAUGACAUAAACAAAGUUGCCAUAAUUGACACUUACAAAGGUAAAAAGAAUCUCUCCUAUUGGGCAAGUUAUUGUGACAUGAUUAAUGGCACAGAUGCAGCCUCAUUUCCCCCUUUUGUUGAGAAGACCCGAGUGUUGCAGUUCUUUUCUUCUGACAUAUGCAGGUCAAUCUAUGCUGUGUUUGGAUCUGAAGUUAAUCUGAAAGGAAUUCCUGUGUAUAGAUUUGUCCUUCCAUCCAGAGCCUUCGCAUCUCCACUUGAAAAUCCAGACAAUCAUUGUUUCUGCACAGAACGAAUAAUCUCAAAGAACUGCACAUCAUAUGGUGUGCUAGACAUUGGCAAAUGCAAAGACGGAAAACCUGUGUACAUUUCCCUUCCCCAUUUUCUACAUGCAAGUCCAGAUAUUAUGGAAUCUGUUGAAGGCUUACAUCCAAAUGAAGAAGAACAUAGGACAUAUUUGGAUGUUGAACCUAUAACUGGAUUUACUUUACAAUUUGCAAAACGGCUGCAGGUCAAUAUGUUGGUCAAGCCAGCAAAAAAAAUUGAGGCAUUAAAGGGUCUGAAGAGGAACUAUAUUGUACCUAUCCUUUGGCUUAAUGAGACUGGUACCAUUGGUGAUGAAAAAGCAGAACUAUUCAGAAAUCGAGUGACUGGAAAAAUAAGCCUCCUUGGCCUGGUUGAAAUGGUCUUGCUCAGUGUUGGUGUGGUGAUGUUUGUUGCUUUUAUGAUUUCGUACUGUGCAUGCAGAUUAAAGAAAGUAAAAUGAGCAGCAAAUGGAGCCUUUGCACUUAUGCACCAGCUACAUCAGAAUGUUUGGUAACAUUGGUCUACAGAAUGAAGAUUUAAUAUAUAAAACAUAACUUACCUUUUAGUUGAAGAAAGACAGAGCUAUUUUUUCGCCCUAACCAGCAGCACAUUUCUAAAGGAUUUUUAAGAUGCCAUUUAAAUCUAUACUUUGAACCAAACACCAUGUACCUUCUAAAAGUCAUCAUUUUCAAGAUCGAUUUGAUUUCAUUUUCUACAGAACUGACUCAAGCAUGAACCAGUUUGGUACUGAUUUGACUAAUUGGUCCCCUGGUGGCAAAUUCAGCAGAGGAGUGGACAUUCUAAACAAAUCCUUGAUCCCAGACUCCUGUCCUUCCUCAUCAUCCUCAUCAGUGACCCUGUCCCUGUUUGGUUGCAACAGGCAGAUCCCAGGACUGUUGAUAGUACAUCACACUUUAUGAGCAUCAAAUAUUUUGAAAGACAUUUAAUAUUGAAAAAGAAAUGACUGGUUUAUCGGUUUAUCAGCCAUUUAUUAUCCAUUACUUCAGCUUCUUUCUCUAUGGAACUUUUGUACAGCAGCAGUAGGUAUCAUAACAAUUUUUCUUACUUUUAACAAUAUGUUUUUUGUCACUGAUAUAUUUUUUGUCACUGAUCAUGCAAAUGGAUAUUCUUUUUAGGACAUUUUAGCUCUGUAUGUUUAAGGACUUUUUCACUUUCCAAGUUCUGCAACUGUUCUGGAAAGUCUGAGUAGACUUUGACCUUUCUACUCAACUGCAACUUAUGCUUGGCAACCUGAGAAUAAAAAUAGUGUGCUAAUAUUAAAGGAGGAAAAUGAUAAUAAAGAAAUUAUUGUAUGGAAGAUUACAAAGAGUAGAAAGUGCAUUAAUAGUUGGUUCUAGUAUGUCUCGCUUUCACAGAGACCUCAGAAAGACUGGUUUCAACCAUUAAAAGAUCUCUGUUUUGGUGCUUUGCCUAGUUCCUGUGGUGUCACGAAAAUUUUGCCCUGAUUUUCUGUCUGAAGUAUUCUUUCUCAAUCUAUAUAUCUUUAUGAAUUCAUAUUUCUUUCUGAAAUAUUCUUUUCUUAAUCCAUUUUUUUACCACUUUUGGCUAGGCAAUUUUUAAGCCAGUUGGAGGAAAAUAUAAAAAAAAAGAAAGAUAAUUUGAUUUUAUCUUUUACAGCAGCUGGAAUUGAGGUCUAGUUUUUUCUGUGAAGUUGUCUCCUUUUUCUUAGCAGACACACUGAUAGGUAACCCUGCUUUCUUCAGCAAAGCUUCACUGGCUGCCAAAAAUACUAAUCCUCCAAAAGCUCCAGCGUAGAAGGGGAAUCCAGCCAAAUUCUGUCUUGCGUUUUACACACAGAGGAAUACAGGAUGAAGAAGUAGGAACUGGCUUGUUGGGAAGCUGAAAUUAAGAAUAUCUUGGCCUCCUUAUAAAAGAUGCCAGGGUAAAUGCUGAAGAAUCCUACUGAAAACCCAAAAGUAAGGCACCAUAGAUUUGGAGGGAUUUGAAAAAUCCCUAGAUACUCAAAACAUGCUGAUAGAGUUCCUUACCAUUUAAUUGGAGGAAAAAAAGUAUUAGUCUAAGAUAUUGAUAGACAAGAUGAUAUUCUAGACCUUCGCCCUGAUAAUCAAAAUAAAAGCAUGCUGUCUUUAUAUGACUGUAUUUGAGGAUAUGUUAAUCUAAAAGAAAUAAAAAGGAAAUUUCUUUAAUUCUUGAGAUAUGUAGGGCUAUACUAUGUAAAAUGGAAACUGCAAAAGAAUGGGGUGACACUUCACAUAAGGUCUGUCAUCCAAUCAAUGGCUCAGGUCUUAAAAUCUUCUUACAGAAAUGGUUUCCACCUCAUGGCGUUUAGGUAUCUGGGAAAACAUUUUGACUUCUGUGCCCUUAGUAUUGUUGAACUAAAUACAUAUAUAUCCUGGUCUUGUUAUCAUUCCUCAGCAUUUCUGUUCUCUAAAGUCUUUUUUUUUUUUUUUAAAGUCUAUAAAAUGUGUAUAAGAGGAAAAAAAAUCCAUAUACAAAGAUAAGGGGAUUAUACUAAAGACAUUCAGUAGGAAAAAUUAUACUUUCUUUAAAUAAUGAGAGGUCAACUUUUUGAUAAGAAAAACUAGAGUUUAGGUUUGUGUGCUGUGUUUUGGGGUGGGGAGCAUUUUUGCAUGUAUAUUAAACGUGUGACUCUUUGUUUUAGCCUAGUGAAAGUGUAUGGUUUUCAGUGAGGGGAAAUGUUUGACUGUUGAUUGUUGUAUAUGGAUGAAAUUGUACGCUUAUUCCAUAGAAAGAUUGCACCAUUUUGUGGGUACACACUUUUUCAUUCCAGACUAUGUUUAUAAACCCGCAAAACUGGUUGUUGUUCAUAACUUAAUUUUGAAAAUCUAUAGCAUCUGCAAAUGGGUUAAUGCUUCUUGUUACUUACAAGUACAUUAAGAAAGGGGACAGCUGUCUUUGUAGCUCUCAGUUUUCAAGAAAAAAAGGAAAAGGUGGGAUCAUUUCAGGGAAAAUCAAGCUAUGGAUAAACUGAUUAUCGGCAAAAAUUCACCCUGUAAAAGUGCUGAAUGUUUGUAUUAAGAUUUCUACAAGUGCAAUAACCCACCAAUCUCUUAACCCAUUAUGAAUGCCUGAGCAACACCAUAAAUAUCUUUCUAGCUGGAGUUUUAUUGUGGUGUGUUUCAAUCAAUAGUUCAGCUUUUUUGUUUGAAGUCCAUUGAAUAAGUGACACUGUGCACUCCUUCUGCAUCUGACUCUCUUGGUGUACCGACCAGUUUAAGUAGAUUUUGCACUCUCUUUAAAUAACCACCGUCCAUUAUUAUUUUCUUCAGAUACCAACAGAAUUGCCUAUGAGUGAUUUUCCCUGACUAUAUUUGCAGUGAGCUGAACUAAUGAACUAA